AGCAAAGUAGUAAAAAUUACAUCUUGGCACAUCUAGUAUAUGCUUGUUCCUUGAGUAUUGUGAUGUGACAUAGACUUCGAUAUAGUUCUAGUCCAUAUUUUAUGAGCAGCGAUCCGGAGUCAACGCAACAAAAUGGUUGAUGCCACUAAGCGCCCGUUGCAAAUACCACAGAAAUACAUUGAUUACCUUGAUAGGCACGAAGUGCAUCGCAUGGUAGAGCGAAUGUACGAAGAAUUGCUGACCAACACGCCGUCAGACCCCCUUGCAUUCCUCGUGAACUAUUUCAACCAGGAAGGCGCAAAAUCCGGAGGUGCCCAAAAUUUUCAUCGCAGCUGUGACCAGGGCGAGGAGAUGGACUUGGCCAUGGCAGUCGCGGCGAAGACUGGGGCCAUGGUGCUCUCUCGUCACGAGACAAUCUAUGACGUCACCGAGAGCAAUCCCGACCUCAAGCAGCAGCUGCAGGACAACGGAGGGGCCGUCAGCCCCGACCUCCUCGCUCAGAUCAUCCUGGCCAAGACGCGGGAGGACGAGUGCGUGCGGUGCGGCUGGGUGCUGACGGGUGCCCCCGACAGUCGCGACGAGGCGGCCCGGCUGCAGGCAGUCGGCGUGCUCGCUGACCACGCCUUGUUCGUGUGCGCCGAGCCCGUGACUCGGCCGCCGCCGGCGCUGUACAGACCACCGCAGGGGCCCGGCGCCGAGCGCCAGCUGUUCGCGCGCCGCGUCCGCCUCAUGCUGCCCGACUGCGGACCCGGCGCGCGCGUGUUCGUGACGCGCAACGGCGAGUACGACGUGCGCGAAGACGUGCUGCAGUUUGUCGGCAGCCGCGGCCGCGAGCGGGCGUCGCUCAUCCUGCGCGUGCUGCUGCUGGGCCUGCCGGGGUCGGGCCGGCGUACCCAGGCGGCGCGUCUCGUCGCCCGACACGGCCUGGUGCUGGUUCACUGCGGCACGCUGGUUCGCGCCGCGUUUAAGACCCGCUCACCCGAGGGCCAAGCCAUUGAGGACGCCAUGCAGAGCGGUAUGCCCCCACCCGAGGAGCUGGUGCUGUCGCUGGUGCGGAAGCGGCUGCUGGCCGACGACUGCCGGCGGCGCGGCUGGGUGCUGGUCGGCUACCCGCGCACCAGCUUCCAGGCGGAGCUGCUCGCCGACUCGGACACCUUUCCCAACCGCACUGUGCUGCUGGACGUGCCGAAGGACGAGUGCGUGUCGCGGCUGUCGUCGCGCCGCUUCGAGCCCGCCUCCGGCCAGGUGGUGACCCUGACGGACGGGCUGUGCCUGCCGCAGGAGGUGGCUGCUCGCCUGCGGCGGCACCCGCGCGACGAGCCGCGUCGCCUGGCCGUCGACGCCGACGCGCGGGUGGCUGAGCUGCGCGCCGUCGUCGCCCUGCUCGAGCAGCACGUACAGACCGUGGACGGCACGCGCGGCGAGGCCGAAGUGGCUGAGGCCAUUGAGAAGAUCACCGUGUUCCAAACGCCUAAGUUCCUCCAGUGAUGGGGUUAGUCCCCUCUUAAAAACAUCAAAAGCACCGGCGCUUGACGUUUGUGAUCUCUCCUGUGUCCUCGCAUGAAGCGAUCACAUUUGUGAAAUGGCCGGCGUCUGUCUCGCGGGGUCUGUGCUUGGUCUGGCGCCCGUAAUGCCAGCAAAAGACCAUCGGGAGCGUCCUCCAGGAUAAAAGCUGGCAAAUCUGUCUGUAAUUGGAAAGCCGGUUGGUGUAUUAGUUAUUCUAAAAACAAAAAAACGAACGCAAGUGACGGAGCGUCCCUGGAAUCAGCGUGUGUGCAUGUGAAUCCAUGGAUGGCCUAGUUUUCUCAUUUUGCUACCACUUCUCGCAAGGUACCGGCGCACUCAAUCGCCAUUUUCGCGAACCUGUAGUGGUCCUAAGCGACGGGCGCCUCGUCCUAGUUUGUAAGCGUUUGCUGCAUGGAGGUAAAUAUCGGAAUGUAUUCCUCCCCAGAAUGCAGUUGGCUACCUUCCAAAAUUAAGUCGAGAAAAAUCAUUACAACAUUGACCUGGCCCGUGUUCCUUUUGGUUCCUUUUCUGCCCUAAAGAACUCUACCUUCUUGCAUAAAUCAUGAUUACAGUCAGCGAUUUCCUCUGUAACUAGGUACUGGAGAUGCACUAAACGUUCGUUAAUGGUAGUCCUCAAACGUGACCAAGAGAGCCUUAACCUCCCCGACGAAAAUGCAUGCGCUAGGUGUUUCGCGUCUCGAGUCUUGGAAGUAUGGCUAGUCAUGGGCCAUUGGUGCGGCUGAUCAAGCCGAUAUGGUGGACCGAUCACCGUGUGAUGUUCAAAUCAAUUCGUGCUCACCGCUGACCGUCACCAGUCCUGUCCUGGUUUCGGGCCAAGUCCGUUUAUCACAGCGGUGAGACGAUGUGUUUGAAUGUCGUUUUGCUUAAGUUCUCAAAAUGUGCACGCAUACAGGUUGGCCAGAGCUUUCCGCAGUAGUUUCCUGUCGAAUGAAGCCUGCUUUCUGUCCCUCUCCUUUGGAGUGAAUUCAUCCCUAAGCAUGUGAUUGUAAGAGCAGUUGUGGCUUUUCUGACAUCCACCAUCAUCGGCAAAAUGUGCCAAGAAGUCAGUUUUUCCAUGUCACUUGAUUUGCUUUGGCAGUUAUGCGACGCAUUAAAUGGGAUGUUUUUUGACGUCAGAGACGUUAUCGACAACUCAUCUCUUCAUGCGUUAUGUUCAGCUGUGGCUAGAGCUUCUCCAAUCGGUUUUCUAAAUGUAAAAACUGGAUGAGAGUACUGGCGAUGCACUGUAGGGCAUUGGAGCUCCGAAGUCGACGAAAGACAUCUGCACCGCAACACUGUCGGAAUGAGAAAAAAGACAAGGCAAGGGAUGGUAGAAAGGGAGAGGCGGUUAGCUUGCCAGAGAUAGCCAGAGAGGAUGAAUAAGAUGGGGCAGAACAGAUAUAAUUGUACGAAACGCAUACGGGACAAGAGAAGAAGGACAGGACAGAGCUUUUUGGGGAAAACUGAAGGAAAACUGUUGUGCUGUUGCCAUGGACAUCGGUGACGAUCCUCCAGCUAAAAUGUAAAUAGCAGCGUUUACCGACAAUAAAUGAAGCACUGGCCUCCAUCAUUCACGUCCAAGUUCCCUUC